AUGGCUCCCGCAUUGCGCAGUGUGCCUACGCUCACACAGCACGCCCCUCGUGCCGCUGAGGCUUUCUCAACGCUCUCUACUCGUUUCAUCGAGUCUUCUAAAGUACUCGUUGCUCGAGAUGACGACAAAAACGACCGACACCGACCAUCAGUCGAGCCUGGGUCGGGAGCUUUCGACCCUCACGAUAUCAGCAAUGCCGGUUUCUUCUUCCUCUUCGCCUUGAUCGGUGUGGCAUUUGUCUGCACCGGUAUUUGGUUCUUCUUCUGGGCCAAGAACGGUGGUUUCCAAUUCAAAGAGAACGAUUGGGACGACUACAAAUCUACCGUACUUCGACGCACUGGACCUAACGGCACUAUUCUUUCCAACGCAACCCGACCAACAAACCUCGGUGGUGGCAGUGUAUACAAGGAUGUUGAUGACGAUAACACGACCGUUGUCACUGAGAGCACAACACUUACUGGUAUCACCGCCGGAGCUAGCGACAUCUAUGCCCGUGAGAAGCGCCGCAAGAAGCAGGAAAAGCGAGACCGUGACCGUGCGAAAAAGGGCAAGAAGACCAGCCGACAUGUCGGUGAGGAGGGUGUCGAGGAUGAAGAUGCCGAACGUGCUGCCAAGAAGGAACUCCGCAACUACCGUCAUGAAAGAGCUGCUCGCGUUGGCGGUCUGAACAAGGAAAGUGAAGGCUCCGAAUGGGACGGCUCUACCAACAAUGGCACCGAAUCCAACGUUUCCACAAACCUCCUCUCCGAGCACCAGUCCACCCCACCUCAAAAGUCCAAGGGCGGUAUCCGCAAGGUUUACUCCACUGCUGAUCGUCGCGAGAACCGUGAGGCUGAACGCAUGCGUGCUGAAGCCCGUCGUCUACGUGAAGCUGGCCGCAACGCCCGCCGCGACUUUAGCUACCAGCGUGCCGAAAGCUACUCCCGUGCUGACAGUCAGGUUGACUCGCAGGCAAGCGAGAGUCUUGUCAGCUCCGCGUUGACUCGUACCACGGACGAUAGCGGCGACAUCGGAACCAAGAGCUAUCACCACCCGAUGCCUGAGCUGAGGGAGUUGGAGAGGGAGCGUGCUAGGGAGGAGAGAAGGGCGCGCAGAGCGGCACGAGAGGGCCGAAGGGGACGAACUGGAACUGUGCCAGAAGAGGAGUAG